AUGUCCGGAGACGCUCAGACGAACGAUGCCGCGCAGUCGGCCUUCCAGAAGCCCGGUGACUUGGUGGACAGAAACGAGGAUACUGGUGUUAUGCAGCUGGAGAGUCUUUGCAUGAACUGCCAUGAAAAUGGAAUGACCAAGCUCCUUCUCCUUCGUGUUCCCUUUUUCCGCGACAUCAUCCUCGAAUCCUUCGAAUGCGAGCACUGCAACUUCCGCAACAACUCCGUCAAGUCGGCCGGUCAGAUCCAGGAGCAAGGAUCGAUGUACACAUUGAACGUGGAGGGCGACGAGGAUCUCCGGCGUCAGGUCAUCCGCAGCGACACCUCGACCUUCAAGCUCGAGUCGCUUGGUAUCGAGAUGCCCAAGGGCGACAGCCAGAUGACAACGGUGGAGGGUGUGAUCGCACGGAUCCACGACAACCUCGCCAGCGAGCAGCCGCUGCGCAAGGCCCAGGCCCCCGAAUUGCACGACGCGCUCGCUCCGCUCAUUGAAAAGCUCGAGAAGAUGAUGAACCGCGAGGAAUUCCCGUUCGUUAUCUCCCUCGACGACCCGACUGGUAACUCGUGGAUCGCGCCGAACCCGCUCGACAAGGGCGCCAAGUACAGGCGUCGCGACUACCCCCGUACCCACGAGCAGAAUGAAGAACUCGGUAUCGCCGGCGACGCGGAGGCCGUUGCUGCUGAGACCGCGGAGAUCGACGCUAACGACUCCGAAAUCGUUGACGGCAAGGUCUACAGUCUUCCCUCCGAGUGCCCUGGCUGCUCGAAGUCUUGCUUCGUCAACAUGAAAAAGGUCAACAUUCCCUUCUUCAAGGAAGUCUACCUGUGGGGUACCGUCUGCGAGCACUGCGGAUACCGUACCAGCGACGUCAAGACCGGUGGUGAAGUCCCCGAGAAGGGCAAGAAGAUCACCCUCCGCGUCGAGAACGAAGUCGAUCUCUCCCGCGACAUCCUCAAAUCCGACACCUGCGCCCUGCACUCCGACGAACUUGAAGUCACCGUCGAACCCGGUACCCUGGGCGGCCGCUUCACCACCGUCGAGGGUCUGCUUACCGAAAUUCGCGACCAGCUGAAGGGCCAGAUUUACGAUGUCGACGACACCACUCAGACCGGAGGUGACAGUAUGGAGUCAUCUGACAAGGACAAGUGGGCGCGCUUCUUCUCCCGCCUUGACUCUGCCAUCGAGGGCAAGAUGCCUUUCGUCAUUACCCUCCAGGACCCCUUGGCCAACAGCUACGUCCAGGACCUGUGUGCGCCGGCCGCGGACCCCCAGCUUACCCUCGUGGAGUACACGCGGACAGACGAGGAGGAGGACGACCUUGGUCUGAAAGACAUGAAAACUGAGGGUUACGAGGAGGAUGCUGAGAAGAAGGACGAGGGUAAUGGCGAGCAGAAGUCGUGA